UACGUGUCCGAAAACACGGUCCACCUUAUUGAAGUGCGUAUUCCGUUGCGUAAUUCGUCUUCUUUUACUGUCAUGACACCAACGGAUGUGGGUCUAGUCUGGUUCGUGUUUAUUUUUUAUAACUACACUCACGUGGCUGGCUGUGUUUAAUUGCAAUGUAUAUUGUUGUUAAGAAUUUGCUCUGUGAUUAGGUAUGUUUUGCGUUCCUAUACUAUUAUUUGCCCACAUAGGAAAAAAGUAGAAAUGUCCAUGAAUGAACAACAUUUAACCCACGAGGAUGGUAUAUUUUGGAACUCAAUGAGAGCAUAAUACAACACCAGAUAUUCACCGAAAUUCACAAACAUUCGGCCCUUUGAGGCUUUAAAUUCGUGGUUUACAGUAGCCUCGCGCUGUCGAUCGCCUGUCAAGGCGGUAUGACAGAUCUCUGUGAGGAUUUGAAAUAGACCGAGAGCAAGCAAAGGACACGCCCAUCUUGAGUUUUAGAGCCAAUCGCAGACGUUUCGCGGAACGUAUCAUGGAACGUAUCAUUCCAUUCAGCUCCAGAGUCUGACAGCGUGAAACGGAGCUGGUCGAUUUUUUAAGUUAACGGAGAGAGAAGACACUGCAAAGGGGCUGCGCAAAAAGGAGAGCCAAGGAAAAAAGAAACACAGGGUUUGAGCAACUUGGGCAAAGUUUGGACGGAUAUUUUGGCACAAUACAACGACUCAGCAUAUCUGUACACACGUUCAAGGAGUUCAAGUUCCAAUGGACAGGCAUUUGGAGACGCUUGACGCACUAAGCAUGGAAUUAUUUCUGUAAUGUGGAUUGCUAUUCCCCUUCAAGAAAAUGAUAGUCUGCUUCAGAACAAUGUGAAAAGAUAUGCGUCCUGGAUUCUCGUGUUUCUGGACAUUUUGAAAAAUAUUGGCAACAGUUGAAAGGAAGGCAUGCGCAAAGGAUUUGCCCCAAACGUGGGACCAGAUUUGGACUAUCAGUCACCGGUUCCUUAUUUAGAGACCUUUUAGCAGUUCUAUUUUUGUUAUUAUUUGAGUUCUACACUUCAUAUUUGUUACAAUUACCACAUUGGUUUGUUGGAUUUUCCGCCGUCAUCUGCCAUUGGAUUUUCAACCAUGAACUUGAUUGACAGUUUGACGCUAUUAUUUUUGACGCUGUCAGUUGUCAAGAGUGCCCACAUACCGAGAGAAGAGGGGAGAGGUACAACCGACGUCGUCCCCUUUAUGGAGGUGUACAACAAGUCCCAGUGUCAGCCGCGGGAGGUGCUGGUGGAGGUGCUGCACGAGUACCCCGAGGAGGUGGAGAACAUCUACAUCCCCUCCUGCGUGGCGCUGCGGCGCUGUGCAGGCUGCUGCAGCGACGAGAAGAUGCAGUGCACCCCCACGUCCAGCCACAACAUCACCAUGGAGAUUAAAAGAAUAAAACUGCACAGGCAGCAAAAUAAUUCAUUUAAGAGUUUUGCAGAACACAUCGCAUGUGAGUGCAGACUGCUAAAGACAGAAGUCAUAGAGCAAGAAAAAAAGCCCAAAGGAAAGCGUAAAGGCCAAAAGAGAAAGCGAAAGAAAAACCGCGACCUAAAGAAUCCUGACGUUGUGUGCGAGCCGUGCUCAGAGAGGCGAAGGAAGCUGUUUGUCCAGGACCCUCGCACCUGCCAGUGUUCCUGCAAGCACACAAACGAACACUGCAAAGAGCGCCAGCUAGAGCUCAACGAGAGGACCUGCAAAUGUGACGCACCCAGGAGAUGAGGCCGGAGCACCAAAUGUUCAAGAUGAAGGAAUAUUUUUGAAAUAUUUCACAGCACAGCACUUUGUCUUUUACCCGUAAAUUUGCGGAAAAGUUUUUUUUUUUUUCUCUGUUGAGAGAGCAUUCCCCCUGGACUGACCGCCUGAGAGCAACCGAAAGGGACUGAACGGACUGAAAUCUCUUGCCGUCGCAUAUCUGUGUGUAAAUACCACGAUAAACAAUACAUCAUUUGUAUGCUGCUAAGAAAACAAAUAACUAGACCUAUCCGUUUUUUUUUUUGAAGAUUAUAAAGAAAAUGGCCGCUCCUCUGCAUUAUAUUUGUAACGAGGCUUUUAACGGACAUUCUGUGGUACGCCGGUUCAUUUUAUGCAAAUUCCUUCACUGGAUUAGAGGCUACUGUAGAAUAAAUUUCGAUCAUGAAUGACAGAACAUGGUGAAACUGAGGAGUAUGUGGGAGCGCAAUCAUUCAAAAUGGCGGAUGAUUUGUUUCUUUUUGUUUCUGCGGUACAACUGUCGCUAGAACCGUCCGCUCAGCACCGAGAGACAGUCGACGGGGAUCUGUGCCUCAGAGUUGACCGAGCCCUUAUGAAGUUAUGGAGCCUGGCGUGGAUUAUGAAUGAUGCUUUGCCAAUGGUUGCUGUGUAGGUAAACGCUACAGUUUCAGAUCAUUUGGAUCGCCAUAUACUUUUAAAGGGAAGUCUGUUAUCAUGAGAGCAUUUACUGGCACAUCCAAUGUGAAAACCACUGACAACAUCCACCUAUAUAUAUAUAUAUAUUGUAGUUUUGAUUCCAUUUCGCAAAACUGUGUGUUCACAAAAACGUACUGAGAAAUUCUUCUUCAAAAUGCUUCUUAAAUUAUUUGUUUCGUUGUUUCGUUGGCACAGAAGACGGUACAUUGGGUGGGUGACCAGACCGUCAGGUGGCUCUGAAGUUGUGACGUAAAUGCAUCGACAACAAUAACAGAUCGUCUUCUCCAUACUGUACAUACUUUAUAUUCCUUUAUGCCAUAGUCCAUCGUAGAUAAUUUAUAUUGCUAUAGAGUAUUUUUUUCAGUAUUCCCUCUUCUACCUUCCCAUAUUUAAUUGGAUCUAUUUAUAUAUGCAGUGUUAUGUACCAAUGGUCCCCCCCUCCCCUUGUCUCCCCAUGUCUGUGAGGUCAGUCAUGGCUAGCAUGGAGACACCAUGCUUUUGUAGAAAAGAAAAAAACAACAUGUUAACAUUCCCUCCAUGAAUCCUUCGUCAAGAUGGCGUCUGUUUUUUGUUUGUCACUCAUCCAAGGGUGUGGAUGCGUUUUUGGUAUUUGAAACGUGUGUGUGUGUGUGUGUGUGUGUGUGUGUGUGUGUGUGUGUGUGUGUGUGUGUGUGUGUGUGUGUGUGUGUGUGUGUGUGUGUGUGUGUGUGUGUGUGUGUGUGUGUGUGUGUGUGUGUGUGUGUCUGUGUGUGUGUAUGUUUGCGUGUGUACGUGUUUGUGUGCAUGUUGAAAAAAUAUCAAGCAAUGCUUUUAAGUUGCCCUCGACGCCGUAUUGGACACAAGCAUAAUCUACUGUUAAAUUCUGCAUUUAAAUAUUAUGAAAAAGCAAAACUUUCGGAUUUGGAUGGUAGAAAAAAACAAAAAACAGCAUUAUCCGUACCACCAGCCAUUUAAAUUAGGGUCAUAAUGUUUUGAUUUUUUUUCAUUAACAUUAACAUGUUUGUCUUUGUCUAUGUAAAGUAGUACUGCAUAUUUAUUUUCAAAUUAUAUUGUUUUAUAUAAAAUAAGAAGAAGGUUGCUAUG